UUUUUUUUUCUCUUUUUUUUUCUUUUUUUUUUUUGUUUAUUUUGUAUUGAAUUUGCAUUGCAGCACAGCUUUUUUUUUUUUUUUUUUGAUUCCGGUGAGAAGGUCCGUUCUCCAGCAUUAACAUGUCACUGUGGCGACCACCGGAGCCGGACAUCCGAGGGGUGCAGCUGGUUGAGCUUCCGCACGAGGUCCUUGAGCACAUCAUCAUGUUCCUGGACUACGAGAGCGUGCAGCGCGUUGCCGAAUCGUGCCUGUUUCUUCGCAGCGUCGUCCUGUCAAGCCGACCGCUCUGGCGCGUCCUCCUCCUCCGCGAGCGCCCCUGCCUCUCGCGGUCCUCCCGAGCGCUCCUCGAGUCACAAGGAGCAUGCGUCAGGAGAAUCUUCCUCGCAAACCACCGCGUGCAGGAGCAUUGGCGAACGGGCACGGGCAAGAUAUCCUGGCUGUCCAACCGACCGAGCGCGUUGUCGUCGCGAUGCCAGAUGCUGCGACAGGUGCAGGCUGCUCAGGCUGCACAGCGCGCUGCUCCCAACCACCUUCAUAACACGGGUGCAGUCGACCAUGCUGCUGCUAAUGCUGCUGCUGCUGCUGGUGCUGCUGCCCUUUUCCAACGGCCUGGUGGCAACGGGCAACAGCCAGCAUCACCAUCGCUGCCCGAUUUCUCGCAUAUGAGCAACUUUUCCACCCAGGCGCAUCCGAUGGAGACGUCGCACUCUGCACCUGCAUCGUCACAGCCGCAACAACAGCCAGCAGGAGCUCAUGGGCACCAGCCACCACUCGUCUCGGUGGAGGAAACCACCUCGUUCCAGAUUACUAGUCUACAUGUGCGCGGCGACACGCUUGCCGCCGGCUAUUCGAACGGCGCGGUCUCGCGGUGGGACCUCGAUCCGUGCCGGAAAAAGACCAUGACUAUGCUCGUCUACCGCUCGCCCGUGCGGCUCGUGCAUGUGAUUCACACGCGCGUCUCCGUGUACCUGCAAAGCUGCUCGCCGGCGGAGGCCGCCGUGCUCUCGUCGGUCGCCGCAUCGCAACACCUCGAGCAGCCAAUCCCGCCAACCGCCCGAACCAUGCUCACCUUUCCUGACGGGCGGUCGGAGGAGGCGAGCAUCGGCUUGGCCAGCGCCAGCAGCUCCAAUCUAACGGUCUGGGACAUUGAAACUGGGCGCUGCCAUGUCGCCCGUCUGCGCACCGGAGACGUGACGAGCAUUGCGUCGUCGCCCUGUGCUGGCAUUUUCGCUGCAGGCGACCAGAGCGGUACCGUCCGCGUCUUCCAAAUCACACGCCAAAACCUCACGUGCUUCCAUGUGAUUACCGUCAGCGCGACGCCCAUCACCAGCCUCGCCGUCGGGAGCAGCGGCCAGUGGAUUUUGAGCAACUCGAAUGACGUUUGCUGCCGGCUAUGGCGCUCCACGCCCAUGGACGCGUUUGUGGUUGUCGGGUUGUGGUCCAAGCGCGAGUGCCAGCGCGGCCUUGUGUGCUUCUCGCGCUCUGAAGUGGUGGCGGAUCCGCUCAAGACCUGCUCCGAAGACGAGUGCAAGCAAUUGAAAACCAUGAUGAGCGAUGCACCGGGCCAACUGCCACGCGAGAAGGAACCCUCCCACAACUCGCCACAAAAGUGUAACAGCAUUUUCUCCCGCUGGCCCUUCCUGUGCAAGCAAUCCCGAACGGCGCCCUUGACCAACCGAGCUGUCGCGGCGGCGACAACCGCCCCGUGCACGUUCACGCGCAUUCUCCAGACCGCCUCCAGCUUUUUCGGCGGAGCGGGCGCCACCUCGGCUCUACCCACACCACCAACGGACGACGUCAAACCCAUGGAGGUAGACAGCAUGUGUAUGGAUGAGAUGUCCUCACCGACUUUAUCGCAGGAGCAACAUUCUCCACCUCCGCACACGAUGCAAGUGGCUGAAUCGCUGCCCAACCCGUGGACAACCUUCCACGCCAAUUUGGUGACCAUCCCAGCCGAGCCCUCGUCGGAGCUCGUACCGGAGGACGACUUUGUCGAAGAUGACGAGACUCUUGCACGAUUUGAAGCUGCUGAUCAGCAACUUGCUUUGCUCGCCAACUGCCGACUCUUCUGGCCUGGUCAGCCGUCAACCGUGGGUCGAGUGACGUGUCUUGCACACGACAAGUUUUUCAUUGUGAACGGCACGUCGGCUGGUCAGGUCCAACUCUGGGAUGUUGCAACCGGCAUGUUGCACUGGUCCUGCCAUCAGCACGUAUCGCCAGUCAAGUCGCUGCAAUUGGAUUCAUCGCGGCUCUUUGUGGGUCAUGCCGACGGCACGAUCUGCUACAUCAACUUUGACGAGUGUCUAUGAUCGCUUUCAUCAUUGCAUUGUUUAUUUAUUUAUUUCUUUUGAUGUGUGUGAUGUGUGUUUUCGGUGUUCUACAUUGCAGCUGGCUGCAUUGUUUUUGUGCAACAAAGAAAAACAGUGAAAAAUUACGA